UUUAUUCGGCCUCUUGCAAAUGACAUUGAUCCAGAGUGUCCAUGUCAAGAAAUCUCUGGCAAUACACCUGCCAUCUGCAUCAUUUCUACUAGCCAAUUCCAUUGACGUGAUUUGAUUGGAACGGCCAAUGAUCGAUAUGCUUACCUGGGUAGAUAUUGAGCAUAUCAUAAAGAGUAAAGCAAAGCCUGAUGGAUGAACAUCCAACGAGUGCUCUCCAAUACGGGCACUUGGGAAAAGCUUUUUAUGUCCCGGAGACCCGGACAUGGUCAUUUUCUCGUGCUCUAAAUCAGUCAUCUUCAAUUUUGUAUACUGGAGCUACCAAAGCGGCUGUAGUGUCUCCCCUUACUGCCCCUCGGUCUUCUUUAGUCGAGAAUAAGAAUUUCUUGCCGAGAGUGCACCCGGAGCUGGCGGCGUGCUGGUCCUUGGUUAGCAACGAGACUUUUUCGCACGUUAUCACGACCACAAGCGAAAUAUGCGACCCCCAAGUAUCUUCACUCUUGGACUUGGGCUGUGCUGUGGAUCUCGAAAACGAUGAUUCGGGCAGUCGGGUUUUGCCAAUAGCAGUGUUUGCAUCCGGGGAGUGUGGCAACUCCAUUUCGUUUCGGAGGUUGGAGGAAGACACUCUUGAACUGAGACAGCAAACGACCUUCAUGCGUGUUCCUUCAAUCGGUGAAACAGACGCAACGGAAUGGCGUGUCGGUGGUGUCCCAAUUCGUCAAAUUUGCUUUGCGCGGACAAUCGAAGAGAAAGCAACAUGGAUGGCCGCUCGAUGCCCUGAUUCAAUCACGAUAUUUCGGCCUUUGUACCACAGAGAUCCUGUUCCGAGGCGUAUAUGCUGCGAUAGUGACGGCGUACUUUUGAGUGACGCUCAUAACUCCCGGUUGGAUGCGAACCCGUUGGUUGAGAUAUCCAAUUUACAGACAGGUGGCUUCCCGCACGCCGAUGUAACCUUCAAUCCCUGGUAUCAGAGACAAUUCGCGAUUGUGGACCAACAGGGAAACUGGAGUAUCUGGGAAAUGUCUGGUCGACACAGGCGGAAUAAAAGCAAUUGGGCUGCAACAUGCGUGAAAUCUGGUUCAUUGCCGUGGCUUGAUAAUGACGAUAAUCUUGAUCUAGAUGAUCAACCUCGACACGAUGGGUGGGGAGUUAUUGAAUGGGCCGGGGACGUCAAUAGCAUCAUUGUUUCUGAUCGACGUUGUCCCGUGCUUUACCGGAUGGAAGGCGAUCAGAUCUGGUCCAUUCCAAUUGAACUUGGUCUGAAAAGAAAGUCCGAAUGGAUCUUGGACAUCAAAAGAAGCCCGUCAAACGCAUCUCACGUUUAUGUACUCACCACGACGACAAUAUCUCGGCUUGAGAUUACCGAGUUCGCCAGCGAAGGUGACAUCGGGUCUCUAAAUCCUCGUCUAUCUUGGCGCCAUUAUAGGGAUCCUGAAGACACGACCCUGCGUUUAAGUACGUUGCUUACCAAUGAAGAUUCUUACCUCUUUCUAUACUCAAGGCUUAACAACCUUGUGCUGGGCCUCCACUGCCCCAAUUCAAUUAAGGAAGGAAUGAAUAACACCGUACCUGUUCCAGAUCCAUUUAUCCUGGAUUUGCCCUCUACGGUCGAUGUGUCGCCAGAAUCUCAAAUUUCAACGAACAGUGCACAUUUUUCCACUCUUGUAUUUAAACAAAUUGCACAUUCGCCAGCAUCAGUUGGCAAAAGUUACUAUGAUCCUAGCGCAAGACUUUUCAAGCUCUUUCUGCUGGACUCGCGGCUUGCCGUCUGUGAAUCAGUGUACACCGCGUCCACGAUUUCUGGCGACAUUGAAGAACAGCCUCUUGGGCGAGAUGCAUUGCGGGCAAAGAGACGCCAACAAAGUGCACGAAAAACUCAGGCAGUUCGUUACUGCACCGAUUUUGUGGUCGAUGAUUGGGAUGAAUCUGCAUCUGAUAUGGAUGCAACCAAAGUCCAGAAUACGGGGAUCUCUACAGUAUCGCCCCAUGCAAUUCCUCAAUGGACUACUGACUAUACGGCGGUCUAUGCUGUUGCUACGGGUCGAUUUGUUCUCGGAUUAAGUGAAAGGGAAUUCCCACAGCACUCGGAAGAACUGUUCAAGGAGAAUGUCAAUGCUCUAGUAGACAGGGUUUCCGAUACAGCCUUGGGUGACCAAGCUGCGAGUACUUUACUUGAAGUUCUUGGCGGCAGUCCUUUGUUGGACGACAUUGAAAAGAGUGCACAAGCCAUUGAGGACAUUGUUUCGCUUUGCGAGCAGCGAGAAUCAGAUCCUCAGAGUGAAUAUCGACUCUCCAUCCUGCCGAUUUCGUCAUUGGUGCAGUUACCAAUUGCGAACGAAAGCGAAGGAAAACCUCACCUAGUAUAUACCUACGAUCGUCUGAUAAGCAUCUGGCUCUCAAAUCUACCACAUAAUAUACCUGGACGCACACGGAUCGCAAAGGAGAGAAUUAUUAGGAAGUUCGCGGCCGAUCUAGUACUGGCCCGGAUCAGUAUUACUCGCAAACCACCCCAUAGCGGACAUGACGAUCAUCUUGAUAACCAAGAUUAUGCCGAAUUACCAAAUCUGGAAACUAGAUUUGGCUCUCAUGGGACCGUGACGCCACGACAUUCGUCUGUCCCAGCCUCUGAAAAAGAUGGCGGCGGUUCAACCUCUCGAAGCAAUCUGGGGGCUACAAACAGCGACAUCCCUGACCACCAGCCUAUAAGCAGAGCGCCAAUCUACUCUACUCUGUCCUCUUUAACAACGUUCAAAAGCCAACCUUCCAUGUCUCAGAACGUGGAAUCUAUGCUUUCCCAUUGGGUACCGGAUAUGGACCCAGCUACUUAUGAUUGGCAGAGAACUGUAUUCUCAGCUGAAGAAGAUGAAUCCCAGCGGAUAUCACGAUCUGUGACCUGCAAAAGAAGGCUGCGGAAUAAGACACCACAGAGAACAACCAUGAGUCCUCCGGCACCUCCUCCCGUUUCGCCGGCCAUUCCUGGUAUUUACGGACAAAACAGUCAGCCGACAAGCGGAGGAUUACAUCGGGUAAUGCCACAGAGUAGCCAAGUCACCGCCGAGUGUGAGGAUCUUCCUAUGACUCAAGUCGAGCGAGGUCUCUUUGGUGGAAGAGAGGCAAAUAAGAAGGGCGUCAUAAAGACGAGGAAGAAGAAACGGGCAGCUGGUUUUUAGGCCGAACUAUCAUCCAAUUUAAUGCUAUUUGUACCAUAUCAUUCAAGGAAAAUUGAACAUAGU